AUGAAGUUUUUACUUCUUACCACCAUCGUCACGGGGGCAGCUGCCUGGAACCUGUCAGCAAAGCUCUGUCAAGAUUUCGAUUUGACUGUGACAGUUACCUCAAGCAAUUUUGUUUUCGGAGCACCGAAGUUCAAUAAUAAUUUUGAUAUUACUGAUUUUGUGACCGACUUGACAAGCAGAGAGCCCCCGAAAACCUUCAGUCCCCUGUUACCAGACAAGAUCAAUCAGACUGGAACCUAUAAAAUCGGUUCGACUUUCUGUGCCCCCUCCAACCCGCAUGCGCCGAAUAGAUAUACUGUCAUUUUUGCGACUCAUGGACUGAACUUUGACCGAACAUAUUGGGAUUCAGGCUUUCAGCCAGAAAAGUAUAGUUUCGUUGAUUAUGCCAUAAGCCAAGGCUAUUCAGUCUUCUACUAUGAUCGACUAGGAGUAGGAUCCUCUUCAAUUGUUUCCGGAUACAUCAACCAACUCCCCAUUCAAUCCGAAAUUGCAAAACAAUUGGCCCGAAUUGUCAAAUCUGGAAGAUAUCCAGGGUCCAUCGGCAAACCUAAGUCUUUGGUCAUAGUCGGGCACAGCUUCGGAAGUUCGAUUUCGGCAGCCGUAGCAGCUUCUGAACCAGAUAUCGCCGAUGGCCUGAUCUUGACAGGGUUUAGCUACAAUGGAAGCAACCCCAAUAACUUUGCCCUAGCAGCACAAUUGAAGAUUGCCUCGUCACUAAAUCCCGCUAAAUGGAACAGAUUAGACACCGGCUAUGUCACUCCAGUAGACAUUUAUGCCAAUGUCAAUGGAUUCUUCAAGGCGCCGGACUAUGACCUCGCCGUAGCCGAGUACACCGAAUACAACAAAGCGCCCUUCGCGAUAGGAGAAUUUUUGACAGUGACUGCUAUUGAUAUUCUUCCAGUAGCAUUCAAAGGAGUAGCCAUGGUCAUCGCGGGGCAACGCGACUUCAUUGUCUGCCAGAGCCAAUGCGACGAUGUAAUUGAGCAUCCAGCAGCCGAGAUCUUCUCUCAAGCAUCUGCUUUUAAAGCUGUGAGCUACCCUGGAUCUGGGCACGGGAUCAACUUUGCUCUCAAUGCUACUGGUGCAUACGAGGAGAUUUUCAGCUACCUUGGCGCGAAUGGUCUCUGA